AUGGCCACAGACGCCCCGCGCAAGUGCGCAGGCAAAGACUGCGAGAACGAUGCGAGUUCUCUCCAAUGUCCGAACUGCCAGAAGCUCGGAAAAGAGAACUACUUCUGCUCGCAGGAUUGUUUCAAGCGCAACUGGGCUGAGCACAAGAAGGAGCAUAAAUCACAAAGUAGUAUUCUCCAAAGUAUCUUUACGCCGAAAGUUGUUUCUCACCCGGAUCCAGCCACUGGCCACUACAACCCGUUCCCUACCUACUCGUACACCGGCGCCCUCAGACCCGUAUACCCGCUCUCGCCGCGACGCGAAGUCCCGAAGCACAUAAGACACCCAGACUACGCGAAGGACGGCAUACCGCGCUCGGAGCAGGUGUUUGUCAACAGGAACAAGAUCACGAUUCUGAAUAAGGAGGAGCAAGAUGCGAUGCGCAAGGUGUGUCGGUACGGGCGCGAGAUUCUGGACAUUGCAGGAAGAGCCGCAGUGCCUGGUGUCACCACUGACUACAUCGACGAGCUCGUACAUAAGGCUACUGUCGAGCGUGAUUCUUACCCAUCGCCCCUCAACUACUGCCACUUCCCCAAGUCCGUAUGCACGUCGCUGAACGAGGUCAUUUGCCACGGCAUCCCUGACCAACGAGUACUCAAAGACGGCGACAUUCUGAACAUCGAUAUCUCCGUCUACCAUGGCGGUUUUCACGCGGAUCUGAACGAGACGUUCUACGUUGGAGACAAGGCUUUGGCAAACCCCGAUGCUGUACGCGUCACCGAGACAGCGCGAGAGUGCUUACAAAAGGCCAUCGAGAUCGUCAAGCCAGGCACACUGUUCCGUGAAUACGGAAACGUCAUCGAGAAGCACGCAAAGAGCAAGAACUGCAGCGUCAUCAGGACAUACUGCGGGCACGGCGUCAACCAGCUCUUCCAUUGCGCACCCAAUGUUCCUCACUACGCGAAGAACAAGGCAGUUGGAUCGGCAAAGCCCGGCAUGUGCUUCACCAUCGAGCCUAUGAUUAGUGUUGGUUCGCAUAGGGACAAGACAUGGCCAGAUGAGUGGACGAGUGUCACGCAGGAUGGCUCUCUGACAGCGCAAUUUGAACACACACUACUCGUAACAGAGGAUGGCGUGGAGGUCUUGACUGCAAGACUGCCAGAUUCGCCAGGUGGUCCGGUAUCGAUGCCGGGAGCCACAAACGGUGAAACGAAUGGCGAAGCGAAGGCAGCUGCUUGA